ACGAGAAAAAUAGCUAGCUACUACAGCCGGUCGCCGAUUGUCACUGUGAUUAUUAUAAAACACUAAGAUUGAUUAGGCGACGUCGAUUCAGAUUACAACCGGUUUAAAAUAUUAAACAAUGUACAACAAUCCGUAAUUUACGCCUGGAAGCCUUUCCUGCCGAGCUGAUAAUGCUGAAAAUGAAGCUUCCGAUGAGAACGGCGGGCGAAGGUGGAGACGAUACUGCCGAAGACGAGCUGAAACAACCCGAACUCCAUAUUCCCAGAUCGGUCUCUCCCUCGGUCCCCGAUAGAUUCGAGGAUUCGCCCCGACAGGGAAUACACCCAUCUCAGUUGGAUAAAGAGACCGUAUUCGAAUGGUUUGGUCUGCACCUGAAUUCUGCAAAGAGGGUUGAGUUUAUGUGCGGACUGCUGCAUAUGUGUCAGCCGUUGGAGCUCCGCUUUUUAGGAUCCUGUUUAGAGGAUCUUGCACGAAAAGAUUAUCACGUUCUACGGGACUUUGAAAACAGGGCAAAUACCCCUAACGAUUUGGGGAUUUUGUCUGACGCUAUUGACCCAGUUGUUCGGUCCAAACUGCUCGUCUGUCUGUCUCUGCUCGGGUCUGACAGUAGAGAAUGUGCAGGGAUACUCUUUCGGAUACUGAGCCAUGUGGAUCCCGCUUCGUUCUACAAAAACUAUGGCUACUCUUCCUUCAGGGACCCACAUCAUAACUUUGUUCACCCACCGUGCGCGGACGGGGACAUAUACGGGAGAUCGGAACAAAAUAGGAUGGACGCAGCGGCUGGGCCACUGGAGCAGUUGGCGCUGCUUUUUACAAUGGCCUCACUGCACCCAGCUUUCCCUUUUCACCAGAGGGAAACGAUAAGGAUGCAGCUUGACAAAAUUGAACAUGCAAUGGCAGAAGACAGGAAGCAAAAUCAGCACAGAAUAAAUGCACAGCUCCAGGUGACCCAUAAACCGGAGUACCUGCCCCCAGGGGUGGUGGAGGGGAGCCCGGGGGAGCCUCGUCACUCCAGCCAGAACCCCCCCAGCAGGAGGACUCAGAGAGAGACAGUGCACAUCGAGAGGAUCGUCCUGAAGGGAAUCUCCGGGAAGAACUCCUGCAAAAUCGACAGGGAAUACAAUUUUGAGGUGACGUGGUCCAACUCCUCUUCCAGCAAGGUGACCAAGACACACCUGGAGCUGGAGAACUUCCUGCUGAAGCUGCCGAAGGAGCAGAGUGCAGAGUGGUUUGAGAAGAGCCUCUUGUGUCUGCUCAGCCAUGCAGACGUGCACGAGACCAGGGAGGUGGAGCGCACGCUCAGAGAGAAGCUUCUGUCGGCUCCACAGUCUUUCAGACAGACCAGGAAGGUCUGCAGCUUCUUUCGCUUAGACUCCAACCUCCUCUGCAGCAAAUGUAGUCAUAUUGUUUUGGGGAAGGCCUACAAAGAGGACUGCUCAGAAGUUUCCAGCCAAGAGGAAGACUUUGAGCCAUAUUUACAAGGACAAAGGAAGAAACUUGGGAGUAAAAGCCCCAGUCUAGGUGCCAAAGGUCCCCAGGGGGAGAGCCGGAGGGCGGGCCACGGGGCGGAGCUGAACGGCCAACCGGAGUGGAGGAGGCGGAGCUGCUCUCUGAAGGCGUCUCAGGAGCACGGUGACCUGGGCCCGGAGCAGGAUGGCGAGAGGAGGAACUGCAAGAACAGGCCCCGCCCACAGGCACCCGACAGGGAGACGGAAGGGAGAGCUGCCUAUCUGACCAACGGGGGCAUAGCGUUGCCGUUGCCACGACGAGGGCGAGAGAGCCGAGACGGAGGUGUGGGGUCAGGACAGGAUCCGUACGGGUCGAUGUCGUCCGAGAGCUACAGCUCUCCCUCCAGCCCCCUGCGUGAUGGACGAGAGAGUCUGGACAGCGAGGACGAGAAGAACAAAGACACGGACAGCCACUCGGAUGACUCCAGUAAAGGAGGCCCAGACGGCUCCUUCUUCCCCCACCAGCAGGAGGUGAUCGUCGGCUCCGGGGCCUCCACGCACCCCCUGUCCUCCGGCUGCACCAAGCCCGGCCUCGAAGCCCUCGCUCGGGACCCCAGCCCUCAGUUCCCCCCUCUCUCCUUCAUGCACCCCAUGCCCUACAUGCUGCCCAACGGGGCCGUGCACCCCGAGGCGCCACACCCUGUGCCCCCUCCCCCAGACGCCAAGGCCUCAGGUGGGUCUCUGAUGCCCGUGGCCCUGUUGCCUUCCGCGAUGCCACUUCCAGGAGACCCAGAGAAGAGAGUGUCGCCGGCCGUGCUCCCCGCGUUCGGUGCACCCUCCCUGGGCUUGCACGGGCCCGGCAGCCCUGGCCUGCAGGCCCUGGUCCAGAGGGCUAAGACGGCGGCCCUCCAGACCAGCUCGGAGGGGAUGUCAGCCGUGGCCCACCAGCCUCCCGUGGGGGCGAUCAGUGUGAUCGCUCCUGGCCAGGCCUACGGCUCACCUCUCCAGCCUGCCUACCCCUGCCCGGACCCCGGCCCUCUUAGCCCAGCCCUUCCCUCCUCCUCAGUCCCCCUGGUGGACCCAGGCCACGCCAAACACCCAGGCCUGGCCCUGCCCUCCGGCCUGCCUUCCCCCUACACCCUCCCCCACAUCCCCGCCUCUGCCCUCCCCUCCCUGGGAGCGGCGGGGGUGGGACUGGCGCCCUCUCCUGGACAGCUACAGACGUUGCAGUCAGCGGUCCCCCCUUCCAUCCCCACCCACACCCCCGGGCCGGCCCCCAGCCCCAGCCCGGCCCUGACCCACAGCACGGCGCAGAGCGACUCCACCUCCUACAUCAACAGCACCACCUGCGGGAGCGCCGGCGGCGGCGGCAGCGCCCACAGCGCCGUCGUCUCCCAGCAGCAACCGGGCCUGCAAGCGCAGGCCACUCCUCCCCAGCCGCAGCAGCCGAUGGGCUGCGGGAGCUGCGGCUGCCGGGGCAACUGCGGCGGCGCCGCGGGCAACGCCGCCGGCCACGCCUCCUUCUUCUUCCCGCCCCAGAUGGCGCCCCGGCAGAUGUUCGGCGUGCCGCCCCUCUUCCAGCUGACGUCGCUGUGCAGCAACAGCUACCUCACCACGCCCGCCCAGACCAACGGAGGUGCCCAGCUCCCCUUCUUCCCCCCGCCCAGCGCCCCGCCCCCGCCCUACCCCCCCGGCGGCACCCUGCUGCACACGCACGCCCACUCGGACCACGUGCUGGGCGGCCAGGCCACCGGCUACGGCCUGCAGCAGAUGCCGCCGUUCAGCCAGCGGUUCUACCAGCACGUGUACCCCUCCGCCCUGGGCCUGGUGGCCGGGGCGGGGGGGGGGCUGGGCGGGGCCGGCGUCAAUAAGAAGAACGGCAACGUGUCCUGCUACAACUGUGGGGUCAGUGGGCACUACGCCCAGGACUGCAAGCAGCCCUCCAUAGACUCCUCCCAGCAAGGGGGGUUCCGGCUGAAGUAUCCAACCUCUCACGCCUCCGAAGCGCUCGACAACGCAGACUGACGAUGAAAACCACCUUUUCCUGGUUGACGCCACUUAAUGUUUCCUGCUCAUUGUCAGUGAGCAGUCUGCUGAAGAGCUUAUGCUCCCUGGGGGGCUGCGGGGGGGUUGGGGGGGUUAUAAGGAUCUCCUUCCAGUCUCUGUCUUGGUUCUGGUUUGCUGACCUCCUGAUGGGAGCUGAGGAGAGAUGCGAGCAGCCACCAGACAGCCAGAGUUCUUGUGCCUGAGGUGAACUUCCAACUGACAACUAGGAGAGCGCUUAUUGUGGCGCUCCCGUUUCCAUAGAGAUGACCUUUAACCCACAUCCCGACCCGACCGCUCUCUUCUUUCUCUGUGGCUUGUAGUAUUUUUGCACUGAAGACUGGCAGCGGAGAGCACGCUUGUGUUUACUAACUUAUUUGUGACGUUACUAGGAACACCACCGCUCGUUAACCGCGGCUGAGUAGGGGAAGAUUUCUGUUGCCCUCAGAUUCUACGGAGAGACAACUUUGAUCUCAGACGUAGGACUUUUCUAUUCUUAGUUCGUUUUAUACUACGGUAUAUUUAUGCCUACUUACGAUCAUUCUGUCGGCUAGAAUUUUUUUUAUUGUUUAAACCAAACAGCAGCUACGAACGAUUUAAAAUACAGAACAAAAAACGGAAAUGGUGCAAAAAAAAAAAAAAAAGAAGCUGGAUUUGUUCCGCUGAUAUUUUGCUGUUUUUGAAUGUAAAACAUGGUUUUCAUUUCUUGUUGUCAAGAACUGGCGGUAUCAACAACAAAAAAGAAGUUUCUUGAUGAGUGUUUGCCACUUGAUAUAAUGUGAAAGGCAUAGCAAGCAUCAUGUCUGUCAAUGUUCAAAUGCUGCUGGUUUGUUCGAUCUUUUAAGUUGUUUUUUUUUUUCCUUUGUUUUUUGACAACAUGCACUAUAGCUACCAGGACCUCUGACGUCUAAAGUGCACUGAAAAAGUCCCUAAAACGAGCUAGGUUGCAGAGCAGUGGGGACAGGUGACGACACUAAAACACACUACUAACCCUGCUGAUGCAGGGGCCUUUCAAGCAUCCCCGGCUGUCUGGCUCACAAAAUUGCCCACGAAAAGAAACCCAUCUUUUAACGUGUAUUGUCGAUCCAGGCCUGUCUUGCCAUUUCAAUGCAGAGCUGCUAUGCAGAACUUUGAACACUAGAGGGAGACAGACUUUGAAAAAAAAAAUAUCCAAUUUGGAAGAAAUCGUUCCAUUGAUUCAGUAUGCCUUUGACACUGUUUUGUCUUGUCAUCCAAGAGUAAUCAAACACACCUUAAGUAUUUGAAACUUUCUUUCAAAAAUGUUUGGUACAGCCUGAGUGGUCAGGAUUAGGGUUGUUGUUGUGUAAUAAUUCAGUUUAUACCCAGGCUACUUCUACCAGACUGGAGUGGCAUAUGAGGCCUUACCUAAACUUGUAGUUUGUUUUCUGCCCUCUUAGUCAAUAUUUCUUGACUGAUAUAACUUCAGUGCAUAAGUUGGAUAUCUACAUUCAUAGAUAUGUCUGACUGUAUUGCAUAUGUUGUUUGUGCAUCGGUAAAUGUAGUGAAAUAUCUAUGCACACACUCCCAUCCACACACCCCCAGAACAUUCUCUUUUUAACGUUGAAAUGUAUACAUAAAUGAAAUGACAAUUGAACUCGUAAAGAUAUUUCUGAGUCAGGCGGAGGUCAGGAUUGGGUAGGUAGCCUUCACAGAUGUGGGUAUCCCUAGACCGAACAAGGACAUUUAGAAUCAGUUUCACCUGUUUAUAAUUCUGGUGACGUAGGAGGCGACAUGUUGCAAACACACACUUCUAGAAAACAACUUUAUUUCUUUCUCAGAUGUCAUGAAUAGUCAACGUUUUCUUUGAUGCCGUUUGUCUUUAAACACAUGAAGACCCCACUUCGCCCCCCCCCAUCGCUGAAAACACACAAACGUUUUUUUGCUUGAUUUUGAACAAAAACA